UAUCUUCUCCAUACCCAAACCCCAAAUUCUACUUUUCUUCAUCUCUGCAACUUAUUCCUAACUUUAUUUACAAAAUCUAGCGCCAAAAUUUCCCUCUAAAAUUUUCGUGAAAAACAAAUUCCCACAGAAAUCCCCCAAAGUUCGCUCAAUCACCCAAAGUUUUCGCAUCUUCUCAAAUAAAACAGUUUCAGUUUUUCUCUCCAAAAUGGAAGAAAAAUAAAAUCUCUCCAAACCCUAAAAAAAAUCCAUCUUCUGUUCGAAAUUAAAGAUAAACUCGUUCUCUCGAAUCUUCACAGAGCAGGUCAAUUCCAUCUUUUGUCUAGAUAUCUACACAACACUCCUGACUAAUUUGGGGGUUUUGUUUUCGUCACUCUCCAAUCUCGUAGCAGGUUUGUUUUUCAUUCGAUCCGAAAAUGCAAUCUGAAGAAGGAAUAGAAAAUCAGCAAAAUGGUGAGCACUUCAACACCUUAGCUGCUGUUGUUGUCCCUGAAGAGAGAAAAGUCCGACGUGAUACCACUCUUGCAUCUUUUAUGGCAAAGCGGGAAGAAGAGAAAAAAGUUGAUUGGGAUGGCAAUCCUAAAGGAGCCAAUCAAGUGCGAUAUUCUGACGCCAUUGGGGUAUUGCUAAAACAAUAUCGGAGGUUCAACUGGACAAAGCACUGGGAUAAACACGAUACAAUGGCGAAGGACUGGCUGUUGGGAGAACUUCAGGAUUUGUUCAUAGUAGAUGAACGUUAUAAAACUGCCACCCUCUCUAUUGAUGUUGAUAUAUUCAGGGGAAAGAAAGGUACACGGAAGGGAAAACACUUUACACGACACGAUACAACUGCAAAACGUCUUGCAGAUAAACCAGCUGCUUUAACUGAAGGGGAGUGGAAGGAUCUCGCGACAUUCUGGGAAACUGAUGCAACACACCAGAAAUUUUCCGAACAAAAUGUCAAGAGUAGAUGUUGCCAACAAGUAAAGCACACAAUGGGAAGGAAAAACCACGCUCGAUGCAAAGCUAAAAUGGAUGAAGAUAAUGGAGGGAACCCACCAACUAAUGGUAAUGUGUUCAUUAAAACCCAUGUGAAUAAAAAAACUGGAAAAGCUUUGGACCCAAUUUCACAAGGCUUCAUAGUCCAAAUGAGGGAACAAUCAGGGUUGGAUGAGAAUGGGUUUGAUGAGGAUGGUAACCAACAACCAAUUAGUGAUGAAGUCUAUGGAAACGUAGUACCUACAACAAGGCAGAAACAUGUAAGAGCUGAAACAUAUCCAACAUGCCUUAGUUAUGAGAGAAAUGAAGAUUUCGAGAGACGAAUGAAAGAGCGGGAUGAAGAUUUUGAUAGGAGAAUCAGGGAACGAGAUGCAGAAUGGGAGGCACGGAUAAAAGCACGUGAUGAGGAGUCUAAGAUACGUGAGAAAAAAAUGUUGGAGUAUGUUAGAUUGUGCUGCAGGCCAGAGCACGUUUUGAGUCCGGGGCAAUUUUCAGGACCUUCAGAUUACCACUUCAGACCUGCGCAACCACUAUUUGCACCUUGGGAGCAUCCUUACAGACCUUUAGAGCAACUUAACAGAUCUGGGGAGCAGCCUUAUAGACAUGAGGGACAUCUUUUUAGACAUGCGAAUUAGCCUUACAAACAUGAGGAGCAACUCGUUAGAACUGCGGAGCAGUCUAAGAAUUGAGGAGCAACUGUACAGAUUUCAAAAUGAUUGAGCGCGAGGCCUAGGGGUGUACGGCUGGGAUGGAUUUAGUAUUGAGAAGGUCUAGUUUGAAGAUUAAAGUUUCUUUGAAGUUUAUUUAUUUGGGGAUUGUUUAAAUCUUUUCUUAUGUCAAAGUUGGAAUCAUCAUACUCUGUGACAGAUGUUUUUCAUUUUAAUUCAAUUUGAAUUCUUUGUUCU